AUGUCGCCGACGGCCAGAGGCGCGAAAUACAGGAACAGAGACGGCUCCAAGUUCAUCACCUUGCCCGAUACCAUGUCAGCUCCCGAUUCCGCACAGCCCUCGCCCACGACUUCCGCUGCCUCUGGCGCAAAGCCACAGGCUAUCGGGGCAUCUGGCACGACAAGCAACGGGCCUGCCCCGGUACCAGCAAAUGUCAACCGGAAGAAGCAGAAGCGUCGUGAAAAGGCCGCUGCCAAAGCCGCCGCCGAGGCGGCUUUGAAUGCGGAAAAUGCCAACGGCGCAUCAAAUUCCGUAGGCCACAGACCGAAUCACGAUCCCGACCAGGAGGACAGCGAGGACGAUGAAGACCAGUUCAACAACCAGCUUCACCAGGCACAUGCUCAAGUGAACGGCCGUAUACCUGACUCCGCACCCAAGUCCAAGAAGUCCAAGAAGAAGAGACACAAGGGCGCCGCAGCGGCAGGGGAGCUGGCAGAUCAGCCGGACUCUCCGACGCCCCAGUUAAACGCGCCUCACCCAUCCGGGAUCUCCAAGGAGCGGAUUUGGAAUACCAGUUCCCAGGAGGAGCGGGAGAGGAUCAAGGAAUUCUGGCUCGGGCUCGGCGAAGAUGAGCGCAAAUCGCUCGUCAAAGUCGAGAAGGAGGCCGUGCUUAAGAAGAUGAAGGAGCAACAGAAACACACAUGCAGCUGCUCAGUGUGUGGCAGGAAGCGACACGCGAUAGAGGAGGAACUGGAGGGCCUGUACGACGCCUACUACGAGGAGCUCAAGCAGUUUGCGAACCACCCCCAACAAGACGGACACCCGCCCUUGAUGGGUGCGUCGCGGCACUUUGGAUUCCACCACGGCAACAGGUUCCCGAGUUACGCAGGGCACCAACCCUCACGCGGGCGAAUAGUAGAGCACGUCGGCGAAGACGAUGAGGACGAUCUGGAGGAGGAUGCCUAUAGUGAGGAAGAGCUCGACGACGAAGACGCCUACAGCGACGAGGAGCCUGAAGAGGAGAUACAUCGCGACUACGCUUCCGAAUUCUUCAACUUCGGAAGCAGUCUGACAGUUCAGGCCGACGACUUACUGAAAAACGACGGCAAGAAGUUCAUCGAAAUGAUGGAACAGCUAGCCGAGCGACGUAUGGCACGCGAGGGCGACUUUGCUCAAGACCAGUACUCUCGGAGCUACGGGCAUGGUGUCAACGGCGGGCUUCCCGGUCAUGAUCACCCUCCACCUCCACCAGUCGACGACGAGGAAUACGAGGACGAUGAGGACGAAGACUACGAUUCUCAAGAGGAUGACGAGUACGAGGAAGAAGACGACGACACUAUGACCGAAGAGCAACGCAUGGAGGAAGGCCGUCGGAUGUUCCAAAUCUUCGCUGCGCGAAUGUUUGAGCAAAGGGUACUCCAAGCAUACCGCGAAAAGGUAGCGAGGGAACGACAGGCCAAACUCAUGGAGGAGGAGGAAGAGGAGCUACGGAGGGAAGCGGCCCGCAAAGAGAAGAAAGCCAAGGAGGCCCAGAAGAAGAAAGAGAAGGCAGCCCAGAAGAAGCAAGCCCAGGCCGAAGAAAAGGCACGCAGAGAGGCUGAGAAAGCGGCUGAGGAGGAGGAGCGACGGCGAGAAGAGGCUCGUAAGGCGGAAGACGCGAGAAGGAAGGCCGAGGAGAAGCGCAAGAAGAAGGAGGCCCAGAGGAAAGCCGAAGAAGACGAACGGGCAAGAAAGGAAGCCGAGCGACAACGCCAAAAGCAACUCCAGGCCGAUCAGGAGCGAAAAGCGAAAGAGGCCAAGGACCGUGAGAAGAAGGCUCGCGAGGAGGCUCGCCUCAAGGAGAAAGAAGAGCGGGAGAGGUCGGAUCGCGAGGCCAAGGAACUCAAGGAGAUGCAAGAAUCGCAAAGACGGCAGAAGGAGCUCGAGAGCAAAUCCUCGGAGAACGGGAACAAGUCGACCCAAAAGCAGAAACAGGAGGAACGUGCAGCUAAGAAAGCAGCGGCCCUGGCCACGGCUCCUGUCACGAUGACGCUUCCAAAACGGCCCGCCCAGCAUCCAACAAAUCCAGCAUUGCCCGUCCUACCUCAGCAGCCGCCCACAGCAGCUUUUGCUUCGCCGAAACCUUCCGUCGCGACGCCGGCCUUACCAAAGGCACCGACGCCGAUGCGGCCGCGACAGUCCUCGCAACAGGACACGAGCUCUUCAGGCCCAGGGACGACAUCGCUGUCCGGGUCUACGAGUCACGACCCGUCUCCAAGCUCCAACACACCAGCCCAGACCAGUCCGCGGCCGUCUGGGCCCCCGAGUGCCCGAGGCAGCACAGCAAGUCAGCAUUCGGCGAAUGUGUCCCGGGCGAUGUCGCCGGCGCAGUCGAGCGGUGCGAGGUUCCCUUCCGGCCAGCCCGCUCCCAUCAACAUUCCACCCAUGGGCAUGCCGUUCCCUCCUGGGCUCCCGCCCCCAGGCUUUGGGAACCCUCUAUUUCCGCCCGGGCCUCCAGGCUUCAGACAGCCGCCGCCCGGGAUGGUUCCACCGGGACUAAGCAGUCCUAUGCUUGGCCGAGGCUUUCCUGCACCUGCACCGCCACCUGGGUUCGGCCAACCGACUUCAGAUCUAGUGUCACCUUUCAAUCCCUCAUCGAAAGACGCAGCUCCGGGCACACACACGCGGCAGCAGUCAGGAGGCUAUGACUCUCCAUCUCUGCAUGCCGCCCAGCCCAUCGGUCGACCCACACCCAUCGGACGGCCCUCGUCCGUCGUCCAUGGGCAACGGCCGCAUUCAGGCUCCCCGCCAAAAGCUCCGCAGCAGGACCCUGACGACAUGCAGGAUCACUUGGGAAGUAGCGCGUUGCUGGACGACUCUGAAGACGUCCUACCGACGCUCCCCGACUUCCAGCCAGGCUUACGUCGAGGGUACGUCGCCCCGGGCCGACCAGGGCCGGCUUUUCCGCCAGCUCCCUUCGCCGAUCCGGCAAUUGCUUCCAUGUGGGGCAGCCCCAUGCAGCCGCCUGGAAUGAGCCCAUUUGCUCAGACACCCGUGGCUCCUCCUGGGUUCGGUGGUCCCGUUGGAUGGCCCGCCAGCCCAAGCCUCGGGUUCAGUGCGCCUAUCGGCAUCGGUCGUGUUGCGCCAGCUCGCCCACCAGCCAGCGUUGCGAUACGGCAGAUCCUGUGCAAUGUCUGCCGCGACCUUGCCAUGAAGGAGCCUGCUAAAGACGGCUUCAUUCCUCUCAGUUCUCUGCAGGAGGCAAUGAAGACAUACGUCGACUUCAAUCCCAUGGGUGACGGCCCGCUGACAGAGAACGACAUCGUGGCGCUCUGCGAAACGGAGGGAAAUAUGGCGAACGGUGGCGGAAACUUCGACUUGGCUGACGAGGCUGGCACGAAGAGCAUCCGGUGGAACCCAGACAAGAUGGCUCAGCCGUUGGGCGCUUUUGGUGCGCCUGGCCAGAUCGGAAGUCCUGUAUUAGGGUCGUCCUUUGGCCAUUAG